AGGAAACAUUACGUCACGCGUCACGCACCACGCACAGCCAGAGAGUCCUCCAGCAGACGGAGGGGCUUGAAGAGGGAAAUAGAAACACAGAUACCUAGAAGAGAAGAUUUCAGGCUGCUCCGUCCAAACAGAAACGCUCGUUAGCAUGGCCGAAGAAAACAUCUUCCUGUUCGUCCCGAAUUUGAUCGGAUAUGCCCGUAUUGUACUGGCUCUGGUAUCCUUCUACCUGAUGCCCUGUUGCCCGGGCCCGGCAGUGUUUUGUUACUUACUGAGUGCCCUGUUGGAUGCCUUCGAUGGACACGCAGCCCGCGCUCUUAAUCAAGGUACAAAGUUUGGUGCCAUGCUGGACAUGUUGACAGACCGCUGUGCGACCAUGUGUUUGCUGGUGAACCUGGCACUGCUGUACCCGUCCUACACUUUCUUGUUUCAGCUCAGCAUGUGUCUAGACGUGGCCAGCCACUGGCUGCACCUGCACAGUUCCAUGAUGAAGGGAGCCACCAGUCACAAGACCAUUGACCUCUCUGGCAACCCCAUCUUACGGCUGUACUACACAUCCAGGCCGGUGUUGUUUUUCAUGUGUAUGGGGAAUGAGCUGUUCUACUGUCUGCUGUAUAUAAUGCACUACAUUGAGGAACCCCAGGUGUGGCUGCAGUGGCUGCUGGGAGUUUGCUGUGUGGUCUGUGUGCUGAAGUCCGGCAUUAGUCUCCUCCACCUCAUCACCGCCUCCUGUAACAUGGCUGCUAUCGAUGUGGCUGACCGUGAGAGAGAGCGGAGCAAAGCACAAUGAGACAAGAAAAAUGAGACAAAGGCCGUGCAAAAGAGAUCAGCUGAAAUAAGAACGCUUGCCAGUAUAGAUGAGGAUGAGAUAAUGGAAAUCAAUUAUGGGACCUUGCAAAGCCUCACUGAGCAUUUAUAUUUAUUUGAAUAUAGAUUAUCAAUGCUAUAAUGCCAGGGCAAAUUCCUUACGAGUUUUAUCCAUAUUCCUGUAGAUGUGUUUUUAUUUCUGUUGAUGGAACUAGUUGCACUAUGAGUGUACCAUGUUUAUGUCAUCUUUGGGGUGUCAUCAUAAUAAUUUUUAUUUUUGACGGUUAAUUUAUUUGUUAAUGGAAUAAUCAAUUAUAAUUUUAAUGGGAUUUAGAAUAGCUCUGCUAUUUAAAACCAACAUUUCCACACAUGCACAUAGACAGGCACAUUCCACGCUUCAACUGAAAGCCACUCGAGUAUUAUGUAUUUGGCUGUUGUUUUAUUAUUGAAUUAUGUUUGUAUGAGCCUGUCUAUUACUGUUUUAUUAGAUUGCUGUUUUUGUUGCAGGUAUAUCAAAGAACUUUGAAUAUUAGUUUAAAGAGUGUGAAGCCAUUAUAUUAAACUAGUGGCUCUGGCAUCAUUGUCGUCCAUAGCCUUCUGAAUGUAUUAUUGGUUUGUGGUAGAGGGGUAGACAUACUGUUUGCUGUCUAAAGUUUUACAGCUGUUGUUAUAAAUGAUCAAAAAUAAAUGAGAGUUCUACGA